AUGGCUUCCAUCGUGCUGCUGCUGUCGGAGCUGCUGGGCGGGGAGAGCGCCAGCGUGCUGGCGGCCGAGCGCUACAUGGGCGGACACCGGAGCCUGGGGGAGUUCCGGCCGGCCGUCACGGAGGCGCCGGCCAAACAGGGCCAACGCCUGGUGGAGGACCAGCGCGCGGCCGCCGCCGGGACAGAGCGGGUGCGGGAGGAGGACAAGAAGAAGAGGGAGGAGGAGGAUCCGUUCGAGGACCUCGCGGUGUCCAGGAUCGCGGUCGACAUCAUAUUAGCCAGAGUCGUUUGCCCACCCAGACUUUAA